AUGUCUUCCUCCACGGCCUCCUACUACGCCCAACCAAUCCGCCUGCCGGCAAAGCGGCGGUCGUGUACCCUCACGGCCGUCAUAGGCCUGGAGCAGCCGAAAGCCCGCCUGAACAAAGAGCACUUUAUCUAUGAAGUCUCCUUCGCCACCGACUCGCGCUAUAGCGCCUGCAAAGCGUUCGUGAGGGUGCCCACUUCACUGGCCACAGAGUAAGCUUCCUCCCAGCAAUAUUCAGAUUUUACUGAUACAUUCGGACGGGACGGUUUCCCACCAUGCUUCCGCAAUAUGCUCCCAGCAGAGCUGACGAUGACACAGCAGUAUUCGAAAUGACUGGGAUGCCGUGGCAUCAGACCCAAAUCCUCGCCUCCAGCUGCAGCAGGAUAGCGACGAUCGCGCCGUCGCGACGUUUCGAAACCUGCUGGCCUGCGUGCCAAAUCCUCACGCCAACCAAUCGGCCGAUGCGGUUCUCUUCUUCAGGGCAAUGGCCGUCGACUUCCCAGACCGCCCAGCGCGAGCAAUUCUCCACGGAGAAAUGGCCUUUCCGCCAAGCAUGGACGACCUCCUCACCGACUACGUCGAAUUGGCUACGGCCCUGCGAUCCACCGAGCCCGCAAACGACCAGGACGAUGAACCAGAACGCAGAACCGUCGUUUUCACCAGAGCGCCUCAGAAGGGCAGAGAAGCAGAAGUGGAAGUCUGGUCUCCUGAUGGCAGACACGACUGGCGGGGCGCAUGCAAGGUCGUCGAUGUGCAGAGAGACACAGACGAUUAUGGAGAUAUCAAAGAAGUCACGAUUUACUCUGCUGUUCCUGAGGCUGCAGUCGAGCUAUUACUGCAGGGAACUUUGCGUGGUGAGUCGAAGCAGGGCAGAUUCGAGGAGAUUGGCGACGAAGAUCCUACGAGACGGUAA